ACGCUAUUAUAAAGAAACAGAUGGACUAAAACUGGAUGUCGGAGCAUAUAUGAAAGCUCUGGAGGCCAUCAUGAUUGGAGACGAUAUUGUAAAUGAUGUCGGAGGAGCCCAGCAAUGUGGAAUGAGAGCCGUACAAGUACGGACAGGAAAGUACAGACCUUGUGAUGAGCAGCAUCCAGAAGUCAAAGCCGACCUUUAUGUGAACAACCUGGCAGAAGCUGUCGAUACAAUUCUCAAGUAUUUGCCUAAAUAAAAAUGCUGCAGGAGUCCAUUCUAGGCAGAUGUUAAUGUGAGAUCUUGGGCAUAGCUGCAACAUUUCUAGCAAUGUUCAAGCCUUCCUCCAUUGUUUACGGACUAAUUGGGAAGCUAUUUACAGUCCCACAUAGAUGCCUCCAGCAGUCUAGUUUAAUUUGCCAUUGUAUCCGGCUAAAGUGAUGUACUGUAUUAACCACAAAAAAAUACCCCAAAAGCAAAGUUCAAUGCAUCCUUGUUACUCUGCUCUGGGAAUCAUUUGAAUUUUGUCUGUCUGAUUUGGGGAUCCUGUAACACAUAACUGAAUAAACCUCUGUGCCA